AAACAUACAACUGGACAAAAAAAAAACGGUGAACUUUUACUUUGUGUUGAUUUUAUUUUCUGAUUUCUUGUGUUUGUGUAAUGUCACAUUAGCGGCUCCAAAAUGUCACUCAUUGAUGAGAGUCAUACAGCAGCAGAUUGUUUGGAAUAUUUGCAACAGAAGUUGUGGGCAAGAGGAGACCACUCCCAAGAUGAUGACCUCAAUUCUAUUAUUGUCAUGUUGGAGAGUCCACUCUUCCGCCAGUUGCUUACUCUACAGGAGUCCCUGGCAGAACUAAGAAGAGUUUCAUUUGUCCUUCCCCUGAGUGAAGAAUCAUUUGACAUCACACAGGGGGGUGAGCUAAUUCUGAAUGAGUCACCGGAUGCUUUCACACCUGAAAAUGUAGCAGACAGUUCAACAUUAAAGGUCAGAGGAAAGCCCUUCAUUAACGCAGCUCCACCGGUCUCAUCCUUUGGCUACCCCGCCCAUGUUGAAGACAGCAUCAUGCGGCUGGCCUCAGGCAGGGCUGUCUACGUCAUCCAGCUCUACAAACCUGAGAACCAGUCCCUGGGAUUUUCUGUCAUGGGGAUUAAAAAGAAAGAAACAGAUGAGCUGGGCAUCUUUGUUAAGGAGAUACAGCCCACAGGCCUAGCAGCACAAGAUGGCCGUCUACGAGAGGAAGAUCAACUGUUGGCCAUCAAUGGCCAGCCCCUAGAGGUGUCCCAAAAGGAGGCCAUCAGUAUACUACAGAGUGCCAAGGGUACGACCGAGAUUGUGGUGGCCCGGGGUCCACCGGCCACCCCACGAGCUGAGCUUCCCCUCCAGCAGUCACGGCCCCACUCUGCCUCGACUACGGGGGAGGAAGACAGAAAAGGGGAAGAGGCCGAAGAAGAAGGAGAGGACGAAGAUAAAGAGGAGGCCUUUGAGAAAAGAGAAGAAGAGGAGGAGGAGACUGAAGACGGGAGAAACAGCCAGGAAAAGACAGACAUGGUGUUAAGCACAGACUGGACACAGCUUGAAGUCAUUGACCUGAUUAAUGAUGGCAGUGGACUCGGGUUCGGCAUCAUUGGUGGACGUAGCACUGGGGUGGUGGUCAAGACGAUCCUCCCUGGGGGGAUAGCUGAUGGGGAUGGUCAUCUGCGCAGCGGGGACCACAUCCUACAGAUUGGUGACGUCAAUGUCCGGGGGAUGAGCUCAGAGCAGGUGGCGCUGGUGCUGCGUCAGUCCGGCAGCCAUGUCCGACUGGUCGUGGCGCGAUCCGUCCUCGAACCUCCAGCAUACCAGGUGAGUCCUCGAACCUCCAGCACGAACCUCCAGCAUACCAGCAUACCAGGUGAGUCCUCGAACCUCCAGCACGAACCUCCAGCAUACCAGGUGAGUCCUCGAACCUCCAGCAUACCAGGUGAGUCCUUGAACCUCCAGCAUACCAGCAUACCAGGUGAGUCCUCGAACCUCCAGCACGAACCUCCAGCAUACCAGGUGAGUCCUCGAACCUCCAGCAUACCAGCAUACCAGGUGAGUCCUCGAACCUCCAGCAUACCAGGUGAGUCCUUGAACCUCCAGCACGAACCUCCAGCAUACCAGGUGAGUCCUCGAACCUCCAGCAUACCAGCAUACCAGGUGAAUCCUCGAACCUCCAGCAUACCAGGUGAGUCCUCUAACCUCCAGCAUACCAGCAUACCAGCAUACCAGGUGAGUCCUCUAACCUCCAGCAUACCAGGUGAGUCCUCGAACCUCCAGCACGAACCUCCAGCAUACCAGAUUCCCCACGCCCCCAUCAUCCCCACCCACCAGCUUGAUGAACACAUGGAACACUUUAACGCCGUCAUGGCCAUGGAAGCCGGGGAGCAGGAGCACUUCCACAACAUCCAGCUCCAACACCAGCUCCAGCAGCAGCUUCAGCACCAGCUUCACCAGCAGCUGGGCUCCGUCCAGGUCCACGGCUCCGUCCAGGUGCAUCCGCAACCCCCGGAUGUCUUGCCGGAACUGGCGGAUGUUGACGUGUUUGAAGUGGACUUGGUCAAAGAUUCCAAUGGACUGGGCAUCACAAUAGCUGGCUAUGUUGGAGGGGACAACACACCAGACGAAAUCUCUGGAAUAUUUGUCAAGAGUAUCACAGAGGGGAGUGCUGCAGCCUUGGAUGGGCGAGUCCAUGUUAACGACCAGAUCAUCGAGGUAGACGGCAGGUCCCUGCAGGGUUUCUCCAAUCAUCAGGCCGUGGAGGUGUUACGUAACACUGGUCAGAUGGUCAGGCUUAAGCUGGUCAGGUUCCGACACGGUCCAAAGUACGACAAGCUUCAGGAGUACCUGGCCCAAGCCAACCAGACUGGAGUCAGCCACCAGCCGCCGCUAAAGGAAAUCAAAGAAACCAACGCCGUCUCCAACCCGACCUACGACCUUGACUCGCAGAUCGAACUGGACGACAUCCAUCUCCUGGCAGACGAUUACAGUGGAGAUCUCUCGCCCGAUGUGGAGGCAGCAAUAAAGGCAGCGUGGGAGCCUAUAGUGGGCAACGACUUUUUGGUUGUGGUGGCGCAGCUGGCCAAGUUCAAGGAGGGGGGUGGGCUGGGCAUCAGCCUGGAGGGAACGGUUGAUGUGGAGGAUGGCGUGGAAGUCAGACCACACCACUACAUCCGCUCCAUACUGCCAGACGGUCCAGUCGGCUUGAACGGUCGCCUUAAGAGCAGUGAUGAACUCCUAGAGGUGAAUGGCCGGAGACUCCUGGGGCUGAACCACGUGAAUGUUGUGGAGAUCCUCAAGGACCUCCCCCAGCACGUGCGUCUGGUCUGUGCACGCCGCAAGUCCCCUCUGCCUGACACAUUUACUGCUCCAGAUAUGCAAAUUCCUGGGUCCUCGCCUUACCCCCCAGGAGUUGAGCCUGGUCCGCCCCUGACAGAGCGACUGGUCAAGGCCAAGUCCGAGCUGGCCCUGUCGACCUCUGAAGGACCUUCACCUGAUGCCUUGACCAAGUCCAAGUCCCGCUCCAUGGAGACCCUCAACGCUCUGGCCAUGUGGAGCUCCCAGCCUGUGGUCAUAGAGCUGGAGAAGGGGGACAGGGGGCUGGGAUUUAGUAUUCUAGACUACCAGGAUCCAGUCAACCCUAACGAGACUGUGAUCGUGAUCAGGAGUCUGGUGCCCGGUGGGGUGGCCAUGAUGGAUGGCCGUCUGGUGCCCGGGGACCGUCUCAUCUUCGUCAACAACGUCAGCGUGGAGCACGCGACACUGGACGAGGCAGUGCAGGCCCUGAAGGGCGCGGCCCGGGGCACGGUCAAGAUAGGCGUGGCCAAGCCCCUCCCCAUAGGGGAAGCUUUCCGCCAGGAGAUGCAGUUGCCUCCCUACCACGAUUUUAGCAGCCAACCCUCUGACGUUCCUGACGGACAGGUUCCUGGUUCCCACAUGGACUGGAACCAUCAAGACAUGCCUGAAACAUCCCUGGCUCUUCACACUGAGGUGGGGUUCCCUGACAAUGUGGAGACGUCUGGGAAUAUUCUGGAAUCGUUGAAAAUGGCACUGCGGGUGGAGAUCCCCACCGAUGAUGCGUACGACCACAAGUCUCUGGGGUCCGACCCCAUGUCCGUGUCUCUAGAACAAUCUUUUCCUACCUCCGAUUCUUCCAGUGAGCUGGACCGCAGCAAAGGUUUAAAGCGUAAAGACAGUUUUUACGAGAGCGAUGAGGAAUUGAAGAUACCGAAGAAAGUCUCUCCACGGAAGAUUGGCAACAACAUAGAGAAACCCCCUGGGUACGAUGCGGUCAUCGCGUCUAUCCCCAAGUCCAGCAGUGUUGAACUCAGGGAGGACGUGGCUCCGAUGGUCAAACCUCCACGCCAACCCCGGCCAUCCCUGAACAAAAAUGUUCCCCCGCCCGACCCCCAGCUGCAGUACACUGAAAUGAUCACGACAGAAUCCUCAGCCACACCCACCCACCACAUUAUGGGAGCAUCAGUAGCAAGCAGUAGCGCAGCCCUCGUCCCGUCCUACGAACAGGCCCUAAGGUCCGAACUAGAUGCAGCCACCCCCGACCUGGUUGCCACGGUUACGAAGAAGGCAGCACCCAUUGCCAAGCUCGACUCUACCGAGUCUGAAUCUGAACAGAUGGCUCAGCGUUCAUCUGAUGCAAGUCCUCUGUCACCCAGGGGCCCCUCCCCGGGCCUACCCAAGAAAACACCUCCUCCCAUUCCCCCUAAACCAAAAGCGUCCAAGAGUCUUCUUAUCUAUGCUCAGGAGAAGGAAACGCCACCACCUCCACUGCCAGUCGCACCCCCACCCCCAGUCCGUUCUAACCCCACCCCACCCCCUGUCCGUUCUAACCCCACCCCACCUCAGACCCCACCCCUCCGGCCAGCUCCAAGCUCCCCGAAAUGGGGGGAACUCGAGUCAAAGCGGCACGCGCGCCUCAUGCAUCGAAAACCCAGCAGCUCAUCCUCCCCGGACCAUCUGACCUCAAGUGACCUUAAGACCCCGCCCAGUUCACCCCGCCCAGGGUCACCGGGACAUUCCGCCCUCGCCUCCCCGGAACUGACCCGCAUCUCGGCGACCCAUGAACGGACCAUCCACAUACCUAAGGCUAACCUGCAUAUAGGCUUGACGGUGGACGCUGUAGACAAGGGGGUCAACGGGUGUCUGGUGAAGACCAUCGCCCGCCCCAGCGCCGUUGACGAGGACGGGCGCAUCCAGCCCGGGGAUUACAUCGUAUCCAUCAACAACGAAAGUCUGAGGCGCAUCACCAACGCUCAGGCGAGGGCAAUCUUAAGGCGGUCAUCUCUGCUGGGCUCCGAUGUCAGCAUCACCUACAUACCAGGAGCCACCGCAGGAAGAGCCACACAGGAGCCGGCUCCCACGUCAGAGCCACAGCAGAGCCCACUCUUACACAAGCUGGCCAAGUCCCUCAGGUCAGAUGAAGAAGCAGCAACAGUCCCCCUUGUGUCCUCCCCUCCCCCCCCCCCCCCCCUCAUGUAA